UACUCUCACUCCUUCAUUGCACCAAAUCGCAUUACUCACUUUUUCACAUUCUCUUUCUCUUCUUCUUCCUCUUUAUCUUACGAUGAAAGUUGUUUCUGAUGGCAUUGUUGUCGUGUUUGCCUUCUGCAUUGUACUUGGUUGUGGUUCGUUGGUAGUGGGGGAGGUGGCACAGGUUAAGGAUGACAAGCAUUUGAUUCAUCCCCCUCAUCUGUUGGGGCCUGGGAUUAUCAAGAGAGGGUUUAAGCGCGGUGGACUUGGUUUUGGUGGUGGUUUAGGAGGAGGAGGUGGCGUAGGUGGUGGCUUUGGAGGUGGCGCUGGGGGAGGAGGUGGUCUUGGUGGUGGUGGAGGUCUUGGAGGAGGUGCAGGCCUUGGGGGUGGAGGUGGGCUUGGUGGUGGUGGUGGUCUAGGAGGUGGAGGUGGGCUUGGUGGUGGUGGUGGCUUAGGAGGUGGAGGUGGGCUUGGUGGUGGUGGUGGAGUUGGUCACGGUGUCGGUGGUGGCAUUGGAGGAGGAGCAGGUGGUGGGCUUGGUCAUGGUGUCGGUGGUGGCAUUGGAGGUGGAGCAGGAGGUGGUGGUGGCAUUGGAGGGGGAGCGGGUGGUGGUUUAGGAGGUGGUGGUGGCGUUGGAGGGGGAGCGGGUGGUGGCGGUGGACUUGGUCAUGGUGUGGGUGGAGGCAUUGGAGGAGGAGCAGGUGGUGGUGUAGGGGGAGGUGGCGGUGCAGGCGGAGGAGGUGGGUUUGGUGGUGGUGGUGGGGUUGGAGGUGGUGUAGGUGGAGGGUUUGGAGGUGGAGGAGGAAUCGGAGGAGGAGGAGGUGGGGGAUUUGGUGGCGGUGGUGGCUUUGGAAUUAGUGGUGGUUUUGGUGGUGGCAGUGGUGCUGGAUUUGGUGGUGGAGUAGGUGGUGGGCACUAAGUAGAAUGUAAGAGUGAAGAUAUAAAGUUGGUGUGCAAGAGUCAUUGAAAUUGUUUUAUCCAUUUCAUGUUUUCUGUUAAAGAAAACAGUUGAUGCUUAUAAGAUUUGAAUUUAAGUUAUAUUUCAGUGGUUUCUACUCUUGUAUAUCAGAUGCUAUGCUGUAUACAUGUCUUCUUGUUUGUAUGCAUGGGAAGCAAAGCUUUGUAAGUUGUACUAAUUUUUGCCAAUAAUAUACCAUUUUUAUGGCAGUGUAAGUUCAA